AUGCUAAGUCGGCUGUGCACUAGCGCAACUAGGCUGCUUUCGGGCCGCAACUCUAGGUGCCGAACCUUUACUAAUCUCUCACAUUUGAAUAAAGACUAUUCCCUGCAACAGACCAGAAUUGUUCCUAAACUCACCACCUUCUACUCUGCCAAUCCCCACCAUGAGGAUCGUAUUGAUAGGCUAGAAGCUCUUCUGCGCAAAUACGUCAAGUUGCCAACAAUUCAGGUGGCGCCAAGCGAGAGACCAGCAUGGUUGUCAUUUGGCGAAUACGCUUUGAUCGGCGGUGGUACACGUCUGAAGCCCACCCAAUACCAGCAGCUGCUUACACUCCUGAAUAGACUGCAUACCAUCGAGCCAGAAUUGAUUAAUGACGAAAUUACAUUUGAGUUGUCGCAGUAUUUCAAAAAGACGAAGCUCCAAGCGUCGCAGGUGUCUGUGAAAACUCUUGACGAGUUUGGUAGAAGUAUUGCCGUGGGACGCAGAAAGACUUCUACUUCAAAAGUACAGGUGGUGAGGGGAGCCGGAGAAAUCCUCGUCAAUGGCAGACAAUUGAACGACUAUUUUGUGAAGAUGAAGGACCGUGAGUCCGUGGCGUAUCCACUCAAGGUCGUCGAUAGUCUCGGAAAAUACAACGUUUUCGUGACCACCUCUGGAGGCGGUGUCACGGGGCAGGCCGAGGCCACCAUGCAUGCGAUUGCCAAAGCGUUGUUGGUGUUCAAUCCUUUGCUGAAACCAAGACUGCACAAAGCCGGUGUUCUCACCAGAGACUAUAGACAGGUAGAAAGGAAGAAGCCUGGUAAAAAGAAGGCCAGAAAGAUGCCUACGUGGGUCAAGAGAUGA